CUGGCGAGGGUUGUCGGUGAGGAGGGAACACAAAACGCCUGGGACAAGCUGAAAGUAAGAACUAUUGUUCUUUUGAAAACAAUGAUUCAUCCCUUUAACCCACAAAAUACCAGUAUAUGCGACCCUGUGCUGCAUAAUAACAACCAACUGGCAGGAUUUAAAAAGCAAAAAAUAUAUAGAGAGAAAAUAUAGAAAUAUAAAUGUGUUUUACUAAGAGAAAAUGACCAGAUAAUGUGCUCCAUAAUCAAUAUCAUUACUACAGUAUAUGAAUCAAAUAAAGUAUACUUAUCAAUAGGAUUAUUAAUCAGAUUAGUUCCCAGGGGUUCACAAACUUUUUUGUCUCAUGACCCCAUUUUGAUUAAUAUUUUUUUCGUGAUCUCACCAUGUAAACAAAAGGUGAUGUAAUCAACGGCCAAUGUUUAUUUACUAUUUUAAUUGAGGGCUAUGACAGUCUAUUACAAAUCAGUCUGACAGUUCUUUUGACAAUAUUUCACUUAUAAUUCACUGUAUCACAUUUCCAGUGGGUCAGAAGUUAACAUACACUAAGUUGACUGUGCCUUUAAACAGCUUGGAAAAUUCCAGAAAAUUAUGUCAUGGCUUUAGAAGCUUCUGAUAGGCUAAUUGACAUCAUUUGAGUCAAUUGGAGGUGUACCUGUGGAUGUAUUUCAAGGCCUACCUUCAAACUCAGUGCCUAUUUGCUUGACAUCAUGGGAAAAUAAAAACAAAUCAGCCAAGACCUCAGAAAAGAAAUUGUAGACCUCCACAAGUCUGGUUCAUCCUUGGGAGCAAUUUCCAAACGCGUGAAGGUACCACGUUCAUCUGUACACAAGUAUAAACACCAUGGGACCACGCAGCUGUCAUACCGCUCAGGAAGGAGACACGUUCUGUCUCCUAGAGAUUAAUGUACUUUGGUGCAAAAAGUGCAAAUCAAUCCCAGAACAACAGCAAAGGACCUUGUGAAGAUGCUGGAGGAAACAGGUACAAAAGUAUCUAUAUCCACAGUAAAACGAGUCCUAUAUCGACAUAACCUGAAAGGCCGCUCAGCAAAGAAGAAGCCACUGCUCCAAAACCGCCAUAAAAAAGCCAGACUACGGUUUGCAAUUGCACAUGGGGACAAAGAUCAUACUUUUUGGAGAAAUGUCCUCUGGUCUGAUGAAACAAAAAUAGAACUGUUUGGCCAUAAUGACCAUCGUUAUGUUUGGAGGAAAAAGGGGGACACUUGCAAGCCGAAGAACACCAUCCCAACUGUGAAGAACGGGGUGGCAGCAUCAUGCUGUGGGGGUGCUUUGCUGCAGAAGGGACUGGUGCACUUCAUAAAAUAGAUGGCAUCAUGAGGAAGGAAAAUUACGUGGAUAUAUUGAAGCAACAUCUCAACACAUCAGUCAGGAAGUUAAAGCUUGGUCGCAAAUGGGUCUUCCAAAUGAACAAUGACCCCAAGCAUACUUCCAAAGUUGUGGCAAAAUGGCUUAAGGACAACAAAGUCAAGGUAUUGGAGUGGCCAUCACAAAGCCCUGACCUCAGUCCUAUAGAACAUUUGUGUGCAGAACUGAAAAAGCGUGUGCGAGCAAGGAGGCCUACAAACCUGACUCAGUUACACCAGCUCUGUCAGGAGGAAUGGGCCAAAAUUCACCCAAUUUAUUGUGGGAAGCUUGUGGAAGGCUACCCGAAACGUUUGACCCAAGUUAAACAAUUUAAAUGCAAUGCUACCAAAUACUAAUUGAGUGUAUGUAAACUUCUGACCCACUGGGAAUGUGAUGAAAGAAAUAAAAGCUGAAAUAAAUCAUUCUCUCUACUAUUAUUCUGACAUUUCACAUUCUUAAAAUAAAGUGGUGAUCCUAACUGACCUAAGACAGGGAAUUUUUACUAGGAUUAAAUGUCAGGAAUUGUGAAAAACUGAGUUUAAAUAUAUUUGGCUAAGGUGUAUGUAAACUUCCGACUUCAACUAUAAAUGCCUGGAGCAUUUCGAUUUAGGAGAUUCUUAUAAAAUGGGUUAAAAUCAUGUAUAGUAACCCUAGGUGUAAAAUAGUAAUUGGCUAUUUCUCUGAUAGUUUUAAACUGUCAAGAGGAGUAAAACAAGGUUGUCCACUAUCGGCAUAUCUAUUUAUUAUGGCCAUCGAAAUGUUAGCUAUUAAAAUCAGAUCCAACAAUAAUAUCAAGGGAUUAGAAAUCCAGGGCUUAAAAACAAAGGUGUCAUUGUACGCUGAUGAUUCAUGAUUUCUUUUAAAUACACAACUUGAAUCCCUCCACAGCCUCUAGAUAAAUGUUCUAACCUCUCUGGAUUACAACCAAAUUAUGAUAAACGUACUAUAUUAUGUAUUGGAUCACUAAAAAAUACAAUUUUUACAUUACCAUGUAGUUUACCAAUACAAUGGUCUGAUGGUGAUGUGGAUAUACUCAGAAUACAUAUCCCAAAUGAAAUAAAUGAUCUCACUCCAAUAAAUGUUAAUAGACAGUUAGCAAAAAUAGAUACGAUCUUGGAAAGUUAAAUACCUGUCUAUUUGUGGAAAAAUCACCCUGAUUAACUUUUUAGUAAUAUCCCAGUUUACCUAUUUGCUUAUGGUCCUGCCUACGCCUAGCGAACAGUUUUUGAAAUUAUAUGAGAAAAAAAUAUUCCAUUUUAUUUGGAAUGGCAAGCCAGACAAAAUUAAACAGGCCUAUUUAUAUAAUGAAUAUGAAUUCGGAGGACAUAAAUUAUUCAAUAUUAAAGCAUUAAACCUAUCACUAAAAGCUUCAGUCAUACAAAAGUUAUACUUAAAUCCAAACUUGUUCUCUAGCAAAUUAGUAAGAUUGUCUCACCCCAUGUUCAAGAAUGGCCUUUUUCCCUUUAUUCAGAUUACAACCUCUCACUUUCAGUUAUUUGAAAAGGAAAUAAUCUCCCAAAUAUCACUAUUUCUAAAACAAGCCAUAGAAAGUUGGUUGCCAUUUCAAUUUAAUCCUCCAGAAACGACAGAACAAAUAAUGCAACAAAUAUUGUGGUUAAACUCAAAUAUACUAAUUGAUAACAAACCAUUAUUAUUUUAAUAAACAAAAAAAAGGUAUAAUCUUCAUAAAUGAUAUAAUAGGUAGGACUGGUGGAGUUAUGUUGCACAUGCAGCUAACAAAAACAUAUGGAAAUGUCUGCUCUACCCAAAAUUACAACCAAAUAAUUGCAGCAAUACCGCAAAAAUGGAAGAGGAAAGUGGAAGGGGGGAAAAGUAAGGAACUUGUCUGUCGGCCCUGCAUUAAAGACCAUAAUUGGUUAAAGAAAAUUGUGACAAUUAAAAAAGUAUACCAGUUUCAUUUAAGGACCAAAGGAUUGACAGCCGUCCCAUAUAGAUUGCAAAAUAGUUGGGAAGAGAUUUCUGACGUACGGAUUCCAUGGCAUAGAGUUUAUGAACUGAUACGCAAAACGACGCCGGAUUCAAAACUUAGAAUUGUUCAAUUUAAAUUAUUAUACAAAAUUCUUGCUACCAAUAGAAUGUUAUUUUUUAUGGGGGAUACAAUCUUCCCAGCUCUGCAGAUUUUGCUGACUGUUUGCCCACUGACAAAGAAAUUAUCAGUCUAAAAUUUUUAUGGUAGGUUUAUUUGAACAGUGAGAGACAGAAUAACAACAAAAAAAUCUAUAUAUAAAUCUAUAAAAAUAUAAAUUGAUUUGCAUUUUAAUUAGGGAAAUAAGCAUUUGACCCCUCUGCAAAACAUGACUUAGUACAUGGUGGCAAAACCCUUGUUGGCAAUCACAGAGGUCAGACGUUUCUUGUAGUUGGCCACCAGGUUUGCGCACAUCUCAGGAGGGAUAUUGUCCCACCCCUCUUUGCAGAUCUUUUCCAAGUCAUUAAGGUUUCGAGCCUGACAUUUGGCAACUCGAACCUUCAGCUCCCUCCACAGAUUUUCUAUGGGAUUAAGGUCUGGAGACUGGCUAGUCCACUCCAGGACCUUAAUGUGCUUCUUCUUGAGCCACUCCUUUGUUGUCUUGGCCGUGUGUUUUGGGUCAUUGUCAUGCUGGAAUACCCAUCCACGACCCAUUUUCAAUGCCCUGGCUGAGGGAAGGAGGGUCUCACCCAAGAUUUGACGGUACAUGGCCCCGUCCAUCGUCCCUUUGAUGCGGUUGAAGUUGUCCUGUCCCCUUAGCAGAAAAACACCCCCAAAGCAUAAUGUUUCCACCUCCAUGUUUGACGGUGGGGAUGGUGUUCUUGGGGUCAUAGGCAGCAUUCCUCCUCCUCCAAACACGGCGAGUUGAGUUGAUGCCAAAGAGCUCCAUUUUGGUCUCAUCUGACCACAACACUUUCACCCAGUUCUCCUCUGAAUCAUUCAGAUGUUCAUUGGCAAACUUCAGACGGCCCUGUAUAUGUGCUUUCUUGAGCAGGGGGACCUUGCGGACGCUGCAGGAUUUCAGUCCUUCACGGCGUAGUGUGUUACCAAUUGUUUUCUUGGUGACUAUGGUCCCCUCUGCCAUGAGCUCAUUGACAGGAUCCUCCCGUGUAGUUCUGGGCUGAUUCCUCACCGUUCUCAUGAUCAUUGAAACUCCAUGAGAUGAGAUCUUGCAUGGAGCCCCAGGCCGAGGGAGAUUGACUGUUAUUUUGUGUUUCUUCCAUUUGCGAAUAAUCGCACCAACUGUUGUCACCUUCUCACCAAGCUGCUUGGCGAUGGUCUUGUAGCCCAUUCCAGCCUUGUGUAGGUCUAGAUUCCUGUCCCUGACAUCCUUGGAGAGCUCUUUGGUCUUGGCCAUGGUGGAGAGUUUGGAAUCUGAUUGAUUGAUUGCUUCUGUGGACAGGUGUCUUUUAUACAGGUAACAAGCUGAGAUUAGGAGCACUCCCUUUAAGAGCCAGAAAUCUUUCUGAUUGCAAAUCAAUUUAUAACAUUUUUGACAUGCGUUUUUCUGGAUUUUGUUGUUGUUAUUCUGUCUCUCACUGUUCAAAUAAACCUACCAUUAAAAUUAUAGACUGAUCAUUUCUUUGUCGUUACAAUCUAUCUGCAAUAUUAAAGCUGAUCUACCCCCUAAAUUAAAAAAAUAUAUAUAUUUAAAAAUGAAAAUUAGUUCUUCCAAACCAAUGUCAACAAACUAUUUCUGUAUGGACCUCACUUUGUGCACGGGACAUUGUCAUGCUGAAACAGGAAAGAGCCUUCCCCAAACUGUUGCCACAAAGUUGGAAGCACAGAAUCGUAUAGAAUGUCAUUGUAUGCUGUAGCGUUAAUAUUUCCCUUCACUGGAACUAAGGGGCCUAGCCCAAACCAUGAAAAACAGCCCCACACCAUUAUUCCUCCUCCACCAAAUGUUACAGUUGGCACUCUGCAUUGGGGCAGGUAGCAUUCUCCUGGCAUCCGCCAAACCCAGAUUUGUCCGUUGGACUGCCAGAUGGUGAAGCGUGAUUCAUCACUCCAGAGAACGCGUUUCCACUGCUCCAGAGUCCAAUGGCGGCGAGCUUUACACCACUCCAGCCGACUCUUGGCAUUGCGCAUGGUGAUCUUAGGCUUGUGUGCGGUUUCUUGGCCAUUGAAACCCAUUUCAUGAAGCUCCCACUUGGUGGCUGAGCCGUUGUUGCCCCUAGACGUUUCCACUUCACAAUAACAGCACUUACAGUUGACCGGGGAAGCUCUAGCAGGGCAGAAAUUUGACGAACUGACUUGUUGGAAAGGUUACAUCCUAUGACGAUGCCACAUUGAAAGUCACUGAGCUCUUCAGUCACUGCUAGUGUUUGUCUAUGGAGAUUGCAUGGCGUUGUGCUCGAUUUUAUACACCUUUCAGCUCUCUCUCUCCCUCUUGCUUCUCCUGAAUGUUGGAAUACAUUAAUUUGUUCAAAACUGUUCAACUAUUGUCUUUCUCUCUCUCUGAGUCAACUACUCACCACAUUUUAUACACUGCAGUGCUAUCUAGCUGUAGCUUAUGCUUUCAGCACUAGAUUCAUUCUCUGAUCCUUUGAUUGGGCGGACAACAUGUCAGUUCAUGCUGCAAGAGCUCUGAUAGUUUGGAGGACGUCCUCCGGAAGAUGUCAUAAUUACUGUGUACGUCUAUGGAAGGGGGUGAGAACCAAGAGCCUCCUAGGUUUUGUAUUAAAGUCAACGUACCCAGAGGAGGACAGAAGCUAGCUGUCCUCUGGCUACACCAUGGUGCUGCUGAGGCUACUGUAGACCUGUGUGUUUUAAUAAAUUAUUUGGUGACGUGAAUAUAUUUAUCUAAAAAGGAAAACUUUUUAAAUGUUUCACUAUUUUUAUUUUUAUGAAAUUCACUGAGGAGGAUGGUCCUCCCCUUCCUCCUCUUAGGAGCCUCCACUGACUCUGUUCUAAUGAAGCUUGUGGGCAUUGUAUAGGGAAACAGAAGACACAUACAUGUUCUUGAGAAUGUUAUUUUUCAGUGAUGGGGUCAUACUAUUUUGUGUCUUAAACCGUUCAAAAACCAUGCAAUCAUGCAAUCUUUGUUAUUUUAAUUCAGAGUUUCUCGUGAACCCAUUUUCAAAUCAGGCGACCAACCCCACAUAAGGUCGUGGCCCCCAGUUUGGGAAACGCUGUCCUAUGCAUUCAUUAUGGAAUUCCCUAUAAAAUUGUUAUUACAAAUGUAUAAUAAAUGCUCAUGUAAAUGUUACAUCUAAAAGCAUCAGUUUCAAGAUCAGCCUACUAUGCCCCAAGAAAGAGGAAGCUCCAUAGCUUCAACCCCCUCCUACCCAACAUACACUUAACCUCAAUACCCCCACACCCCCAAACCAGGAGUUAAGAACCAAGUCAAUUUCACUUCUGUUUUCUUGUAAAACAGUUUUUCAGUCUAUAGACUAUAGAAGAAAGGUAUAAAAGACAGGUUUUGCAACACGAAAGAACAGUUCAUAGAAAUCCAGCACUGCUUUUCAGGGAGUACCUUCAGGAAUAAUGUCAACUUCCACUUACAGUACAGUGAGGGAAAAAAGUAUUUGAUCCCCUGCUGAUUUUGUACGUUUGCCCACUGACAAAGAACUGAUCAGUCUACAAUUUUAAUGGUAGGUUUAUUUGAACAGUGAGAGACAAAAUAACAACAAAGAAAUCCAGAAAAACGCAUGUCAAAAAUGUAUUUGACCCCCUCUCAAUCAGAAAGAUUUCUGGCUCCCAGGUGUCUUUUAUACAGGUAACGAGCUGAGAUUAGGAGCACACUCUUAAAGGGAGUGCUCCUAAUCUCAGCUUGUUACCUGUAUAAAAGACACCUGUCCACAGAAGCAAUCAAUCAAUCAGAUUCCAAACUCUCCACCAUGGCCAAGACCAAAGCGCUCUCCAAGGAUGUCAGAGACAGGAUUGUAGACCUACACAAGGCUGGAAUGGGCUACAAGACCAUCGCCAAGCAGCUUGGUGAGAAGGUGACAACAGUUGGUGCGAUUAUUUGCAAAUGGAAGAAACACAAAAGACCUCGUGGAGUUGCAAUGAUCAUGAGAACGGUGAGGAAUCAUCCCAGAACUACACGGGAGGAUCUUGUCAAUGAUCUCAUGGCAGCUGGGACCAUAGUCACCAAGAAAACAAUUGGUAACACAUUACGCCGUGAAGGACUGAAAUCCUGCAGCGGCCGCAAGGUCCCCCUGCUCAAGAAAGCACAUAUACAGGGCCGUCUGAAGUUUGCCAAUGAACAUCUGAAUGAUUCAGAGGAGAACUGGGUGAAAGUGUUGUGGUCAGAUGAGACCAAAAUGGAGCUCUUUGGCAUCAACUCAACUCGCCGUGUUUGGAGGAGGAGGAAUGCUGCCUAUGACCCCAAGAACACCAUCCCCACCGUCAAACAUGGAGGUGGAAACAUUAUGCUUUGGGGGUGUUUUUCUGCUAAGGGGACAGGACAACUUCACCGCAUCAAAGGGACGAUGGACGGGGCCAUGUACCGUCAAAUCUUGGGUGAGACCCUCCUUCCCUCAGCCAGGGCAUUGAAAAUGGGUCGUGGAUGGGUAUUCCAGCAUGACAAUGACCCAAAACACACGGCCAAGACAACAAAGGAGUGGCUCAAGAAGAAGCACAUUAAGGUCCUGGAGUGGACUAGCCAGCCUCCAGACCUUAAUCCCAUAGAAAAUCUGUGGAGGGAGCUGAAGGUUCGAGUUGCCAAAUGUCAGGCUCGAAACCUUAAUGACUUGGAGAAGAUCUGCAAAGAGGAGUGGAACAAAAUCCCUCCUGAGAUGUGUGCAAACCUGGUGGCCAACUACAAGAAACGUCUGACCUCUGUGAUUGCCAACAAGGGUUUUGCCACCAAGUACUAAGUCAUGUUUUGCAGAGGGGUCAAAUACUUAUUUCCCUCAUUAAAAUGCAAAUCGAUUUAUAACAUUUUUCACAUGCGUUUUUCUGGAUUUUUUUGUUGUUAUUCUGUCUCUCACAGUUCAAAUAAACCUACCAUUAAAAUUAUAGACUGAUCAUGUCUUUGUCAGUGGGCAAACGUACAAAAUCAGCAGGGGAUCAAAUACUUUUUUCCCUCACUGUAUAUACUAGGUAGAAUAAAUGGAUGUCUUUGCCUCAGUAUCUCGCCACAGCUUGGAGUUAGCAUUCUUCUCUUUCCCUCUCCUCUUCUCAGAAAGGGGACAGCUGCCAGGACUGUACCCAAAUAAUUGAACUCCUUAUGGACAUUCUCUCCAACCCGGACAUGCAGGUGAAUGCAUCGACAGAACAUGCACCCCUGAACCAUACAUACCAUACAUUUGAAUCAUUAAUAAAAACACCCAGAAACAUAUAACCAUCACAUAAGUACUACUUGUAUGUGCAUAUGAUGCUCGUUCACCUGGGUCAGUUUUUGUUCCUUUUAGUGGUAAGGCUGCAGAUAGAGCAUACAGCUUUAUUUUCCGCAAACCAGGAAAAACAACAAACACUUUCAGUUCCUGAAAUGGUUUUCACCUGUUUCUUUCCCACAAACCCUCACUCAACACAAGUUGUACAGUUUGUGUUUCUGUUCUGCAUUGCUAUUUUGGAGAAUUAGAAAGCCACGUCCUGUUUUCUAUACAAAAGUAACUAUAAAAGCAGUUCACGGUAUAUUUCUGACUUCCAAGUUCCCCUUUUCUCUGAAGCUGGCCAGGCACUUCGGUCUGUGUAAUCUCACCUUUGAAUAGUUCAUCUUAAACAUAAUCAGUGGCCCAACAAACCAGUGGUAGGCAAAAAGAAAUGUACUUUACUGUAGCUUUUAAUACAUUCUUUAAUUCGUCUUAAUGAUUGUAAAACACAUAAUUUACCUCGUGUCUCAAAAUGAUUUCAACUGAUGCCUCCACUCCUCCAUCCCCAGACCAAGAUCAGGAGCGAACUGGAGAAACUAUGUGACCUCAUGCCAGGUCCUGCGGCCCCCAAACUGUGCCGGGAACAGGUGGAUCAGAACCUCCCCCUGGCCAUCACCUUCUUGACUAGCUUCUUCGUAAGUGCUGGUGGGAGGUUGAGAAAGAUCCUGGUUUGUAAUUUUUGAUAUAAUUCUGACCGAAUGAGCCUUAAUUGAGCCUCUCUCGUCUCCUACAGAAACCCACUGAGGUGUGCUCCGUGUUGGGACUUUGUGGCUCCCAGUCAGACAGCCAGCAGCAGAGCCUGCUGACCAAUCACAUUCAAGAGGGUCUGAAGUCAGCCAUGACAAUGACAAAGGUGAGCCAGAAAGAACAGGACUAAUGCAGUCUCUGACCUCUACUCUGCGGCCCACUGACUGUUUGUCUGUCUUUAUCUUGUUCUCUUUCUCCCUCUGUUUUUUUUCUGUUUCUGUUUCGUCUACCAGGUGCAGUUCUCGCCAGAAUGUACCUUCUGCAUUUAUCUUAUCAAGUCACUGGAGAGUAUGCUGCCGAAAAUAAGGACUGAGGUAAGGCAUGCCAUAGAAAUAUAAUUACCGUAGUGCAGGGAUCAUCAACUAGAUUCAGCCACGGGCCGAUUUUUUCUUGAGCGAAUGGUCGGGGGGCAAAUAAAACCACCCGUGGGCCACCAGUUGGUUAAGAGCAUUCAUAAAUUACUUUUAUGAACAUGUACAUGCAAAAAAAAUAUAUAAUAAUAACCUGCCAUUUUCACAACUCUUAGUAAAAAACUCAUCAAAAUGUGAAACGUAUUUCUAGAUGAUUAAGUUUGGUGAAAAAGUGACUGUAUGAUUUUGUGUGUUGUACUUAGUCAUUUGAAAAUGUGCUUAGAGUUUUGAAACAACUGCCUUUUUUAUUAGUAUUUUACUAAGAGUUGUGAAAAUGGCAGGUUUAUUUUUUGCAUGUAAAUUGAUUUUAUGCUACACAAAUAUAAAUAACAUAACAUUUUUCUAAACUAAUCCAAUCUGUUAGUAGUUGGACUUAUUGUACCCGUUGCUGAGAUGGUUGUUCCAGUUUAGACAGUUAAGGUAGUCUACAUUUUUUCGAGCCCUACCUUGGCAGUUCAAAUGUUGGAUAUCCUCAAUCUGGCUGGAAUUCAAUAGGAUUUACACAUCACUUUGCAAGCCAGAAUAAUGUGAUGUAGCCAACUAAUAAGCUAGUAAACUGCUAGAGUAACAUUCAAAUUCCAAAAUACACGGUAUCAGUGAACACCAUAGCAGUGUACCUUUCACACUGAGAUAAUGUAACAUUUUAAUGCCACUGGUGUUAAAAACUAUCAGUUGGAACACACUCAAAAGUGUUGUCAUCACCCAAUAUAGCGUUCAAUAUCUACACCGCUGGUGUUAGAAAAUAGACAUUGUGACAAUGUUAAAAGGGAAACACUUUGAAAAGUCUUUAUAAAAACAAAUUCUGGUGGCUCUCAUAUAAACACUUCAAAAGCAUUAUAUUGUAUACCCACAGUAUUCAGUUUACCAAUCAGAGUUUGCUGUGCACUAACGCACACAUUCACAUUUUAGCAGACGCUCUUAUCCAGAGCAACAUACUGGAGCAAUUAGGGUUAAGUGCCUUGCUCAAGGGCACAUUGACACAUUUUUCACCUAGUCGGCGCAGGGAUUUGAACGCUCUUAACCGCUAGGCUACCUGCCGCCCUACAAGCACUCUCACACACACACACACACACACACACAAAAUCCUUUUCCCAAUGCCCUGUAUGUGUUUCCCCUCCCAGAUGGCUGUGAUUGAUCUGCUGGGGAAGGUGUGUGGCAUUCUACCCACGUCCUACAGGAAGCAGUGUGAGAACCUGAUAGAGAAGUAUGGUAAGAUGCUGAUGGACAUGCUCCUGACCUACGCCACCCCUGAGGUCAUCUGCACCCUCAUCGAAGCCUGUCAUGGCAUGGAGACGCCUGUUCUGGGUGAGUUCAUGACCACUUCAUCGUUCAUCCCUCCUGCCCUGCCUUGCACCACCACCAUAUAAUCACUUUUCUCUCUAUCCAUUUCCUCUUCUAUUUUAUCCUGUUUUGAAAUGUCUCCCUCUUUCUCUCCCUCUCAGAGAAUGCUCCUCUGUCUGACUGUGACUCCUGUCUGACCCUGGCGGUUCUGACUCGUCUACAGCUGGGCUCCAAUGCUUCAGAGCCCCAGACCUCCUCCUUCCUGGCCUCUGUCUGCCAGCUCCACCCCAACGCCCUGCCCAAGGUCAGCCCUGCUACCUGGUCUACAUUUAACCUCAGAGCCUUAUAGAUGCCUCUGGGCUCAUGUCUUAUUUCUCUUUUCAGUGUGAUGGCUUUACCCAGCGCCACGGGCACCAGCUGAAGGGGGUUCUGGGUAAACCAGAGUCUGCCCUUGAUGUGUGUGAGGUAUGUCAUGUUUAGAUUCACUCGACUAAACACACUGUAACAUAACAUGAAAGUCACUUAAAUCCAAGUUUCUAUGGGCUGGGUGGGGAUGUACUUUAAGUGGCUGUAACUUGAAUAAUUUGUUUAUCAGAGAGUGGGCUUGUGUGGGGGAGUGAGAGAGGCAGGAGAACAGGGAGGGGACCCAUGCACUCUAGGCACCAGCUACAGUUGCAGAGACCGCAAGACUGCCCUGGAAUGCGGGGUAUGGCCACCGAACACACCAACAAAGUUUUAUUUUAUUUUACCUUUAUUUUAGCAGGGAGUCCCAUUGAGACUAAUGUCUCUUGAGACAAAGGGAGCCCUGCAUCACACAAUACAUCAAGAAAAUACAAAAAAAGUAUAGUACACAUUUCAUAACAGAACAAAGGUGUUUAAAUCUUGGCAUGUCAUUUGUCUUAUAUAGAUGGUGUCCUUCUGCCAGAUGUUUGCGUGG